AUGGCUGCUAGCUUGUUCUCCCCAGUUUCGAUGCUAAUUGUUAUCGUGGACCAGCCGCUCGUAACCGUCUCCGAGAGCAAGGACCUGCGCGGUCUCAACCUCAUCGCGGCACACUCGCAUAUUCGCGGCCUCGGCGUCGAUGCCACAACCCUCGAGCCCCGCGCCUCCUCGCAGGGUCUUGUCGGCCAGGAAAAGGCGCGCAAGGCCGCGGCCGUCAUCCUGCAGAUGAUUAAGGACGGCAAGAUUGCUGGUCGCGCUGUCUUGAUCGCUGGACCCCCCAGCACCGGAAAGACUGCUAUUGCGAUGGGCAUGGCCCAGUCACUCGGACCCGACGUGCCGUUCACCACGCUCGCCUCAUCCGAAAUCUUUUCCCUCGAAAUGUCCAAGACCGAAGCCCUGACCCAAGCCUUCCGCAAGUCGAUCGGCGUGCGCAUAAAGGAGGAGAGCGAGAUCAUGGAAGGCGAGGUGGUCGAGAUUCAGAUUGACCGCAGCGUCACGGGUACGGCCAAACAGGGCAAGCUGACCAUCAAGACGACGGACAUGGAGGCCGUCUACGACAUGGGCACCAAAAUGAUUGACGCCAUGACCAAGGAACGCGUGAUGGCGGGCGAUAUUAUCUCGAUUGACAAGUCGUCCGGCAAGAUCACCAAGCUGGGCCGCUCGUACGCGCGGUCGCGCGACUACGACGCCAUGGGCGUCGACACCAAGUUCCUGCAGUGCCCCGAAGGUGAGCUGCAGAAGCGCAAGGAGGUUGUGCACACGGUGACGCUGCAUGAGAUUGACGUCAUCAACUCGCGCACGCAGGGCUUUUUAGCGCUCUUCUCGGGCGACACGGGCGAGAUUCGCAGCGAGAUCCGCGACCAGAUCAACACAAAGGUGGCCGAGUGGAAGGAGGAAGGCAAGGCCGAGAUUGUGCCUGGCGUGCUCUUCAUCGACGAGGUGCACAUGCUCGACAUCGAGUGCUACUCGUACAUUAACCGCGCCCUUGAGGAUGACCUGGCGCCCAUUGUCAUCAUGGCGAGCAACCGCGGCCACGCGCGCAUCCGCGGCACUGACUAUCGCAGCCCGCACGGCCUGCCGCUCGAUUUCCUCGACCGCGUUGUCAUCAUCAACACGCACCCGUACGUCGUUGACGAGAUCCGGCAGAUUCUGUCGAUUCGCGCGCAAGAAGAAGAGGUCGACGUCUCGGCCGACGCCCUCGCGCUGCUCACCAAGAUUGGCCAGGAGGCCGGUCUGCGCUACGCGAGCAACCUCAUUAGCACCUCGCAGCUCGUCGCAGCCAAGCGCCGCGCCAAGCAAAUCGCCAUCGAGGACGUCCAGCGCAGCUUCCAGCUGUUUUACGAUCCGGCGCGCAGCAUCGAAUUUGUCACCAAGUCGGAGAACCGCCUCAUUGGCGACGACGGUGCCGUCGACCUGUCCGCGGCGGCGAAUGGCGCCUCGGCAACCGCGGCGGCGGGAAGUGAGGGCAUGGACCUAAGCUAA